AUGGCGACUCGCCUUCUGCUGUCGCUGCUGCUCUUGCUGGCCGUGUCAACGGUCAGAGGAGCAGCAGCCGCCGCCGGGGGUUCCCCUUCUUGGUGCGUCUGCCGGCCGGACGCGUCCGACGAGGCGCUCCAGAGCACGCUCGACUACGCGUGCGGGAACGGCGCCGACUGCGCCCCGCUGCACGCCGGCGCGCAGUGCCACAGCCCCGACACGCUAGUCGCGCACUGCUCCUACGCCGUCAACAGCUACUUCCACAGGAUCAGCCAGACCGACAAGGACGCCACCUGCGACUUCGGCGGCGCCGCCACGCUCUCCGAGAUCGACCCGAGCUCGGAAACUUGCACGUACCCGGCAACUGCAGCGGCAUCAAUUACGGACGACAGCACUACGGCAGCAAGCCCGCCGGCGGCGUCAUGGUGCGUGUGCAAGCCGGGCUUGUCCGACGCGGCGCUGCAGGGGACGCUGGACUACGCGUGCGGCCACGGCGCCGACUGCGGCGCGCUGCGCCCCGGAGGGCAGUGCCACGAUCCCGACACGCUGCUCGCGCACUGCUCGUACGCCGCCAACAGCUACUUCCAGUCCAGCGAGGACGCCGCCUGCGACUUCGCCGGCACCGCCGCCCUUUCGUCCACCGAUCCAAGCUCCGGAACCUGCAAAUACACCGCUAGGAUUCCGGAAGUAGGGAAGAUGCCACUCUGGUUCUUUGCUAUCGCUUUGACGGUACUCGUUCUCUACAUCCUACUAUUAUGCAUCGCGGAGCGCCCGUCUGGGUCCUCCAGGCCAGCU